AUGCCUUCCUUCACCGAAUAUGCCGCUCCAUCGCGGGACCUUCGCGUUCUUCCUUCUUUCGCUCCUCCAUUACCUCGCCUAUCCCCGGCUUUCACACCAGAUACAGAGUCCGAGAAGUAUGAGGUAGUCGUUGUUGGGGCCGGCCCAGCGGGUCUAAUCCUGAAUGUGCUUCUAGCGCGGUACGGCUUGACCGAUGACUCCUUGUUGUGUAUCGACGCAAAGUCUAGUACCCUGAAAUCCGGACAGGCAGACGGUCUUCAACCCCGUACUCUAGAAGUGCUUAAGUCUCUGGGGUUGUUAGAUGAAAUCCUGAACGAUGGGUGUCACAUAGCGGAAGCGGCUAUCUGGAAUCCGUCCAAUAACAAGGAGGAAGCGAUCGAGAGGACCACGAUUGUUGAGGUUGUGGCUGUUCCGGCGCGAUAUCGUCAUAUUGUUACCAUUCAUCAAGGUCGCAUCGAGCGAAUUCUGGAGGCAGAUUUGCAUCGAUAUUCAAAACGGGGAGUCCAGUGGAAGACCAAUCUCCUAGAUGUGAGGAUUGAUGAAGCGGGGGAUUCGGAAUUUCCGGUUGUUGCAGACGUUGAAACAGACGGAAAACGUAAAACGAUACGUUCAAAAUAUCUGGUUGGUGCAGAUGGUGCUCAUUCGGUGGUACGACGCUGUAUGGGACUUGAAUUUGUUGGCGAGUCAACCGACCAUAUUUGGGGCGUGGUUGAUUUUGUCGUGGAUACAAAUUUCCCCGAUAUUAGAAGGGCCUGCGGCAUCCACUCACCAGCAGGAUCAGUCAUGGUUAUUCCACGCGAGCGUAUCGCUACUGGGGACUACUUAACACGCCUGUACGUCCAGGUGCCGGAAGACGCAGGUGUGGAGAAGGACAUAUCAAAUGGAUCUGUGAACCCAAGCCAAGAGUCUACCAGAGAACGGAGAGACAAGAUUACCCUAGAGAGGAUCUUUCAACAAGCAGCCGAUGCCUUUCAGCCGUAUUACAUUCGACCGAAAGAGGGUUCAUCAAUCGACUGGUGGACAGCAUAUCAAAUAGGCCAGCGAGUGGCAGAUCGCUUUACAGUAAAGGAUUCGAGAGGCAUUAACCGUUUUUAUAUUGUAGGAGAUGCGUGUCAUACGCACAGUCCUAAGGCUGGCCAAGGUAUGAAUGUGUCUAUGAUGGACUCGUAUAAUCUAGCGUGGAAGCUGGCCUAUUCCGUUCUUGGUCUUAUCCCAGACUCGGCCAAUGCAGGGAACCCGGAUGCUGUCCUUGACACGUAUCACCUGGAACGUCAUACAAUAGCACAGGAACUGAUUGAAUUCGAUCGUUUAUAUUCAUCUAUGUUCUCAGGAAAGAUUGGCCCUGCUGAGGAUGGCGUCGAAGGCUUAACUCAUGAGCAAUUUUUGGGGGUCUUCAAGACCGGGAAUGGAUUUACUUCUGGAUGUGGCAUCGAAUAUACCGAUAAUCAGAUUGUAGAGCAGAAACAAGAUACCGGCUGCAGUGAUCCUAUUCAAGGGACAGAAUAUCUACUCGGCACUCUUCGACCAGAUCCCUGGGGCACAUCAGCGAAGACAUUGACCAUUCUUGGAUCAUCUAUCCUUCCCAGCUUCCCUAAAUCUGUGGUUGAGCAAGUCGUCAUCUAUCCUCGUCUUGAUAAGGCAUUCACAUGGCGUGAUGUGCCUCCGGCGCUGAAGAAGUACUCUGAAAUGCGCUUCCACAGUGGCCAGCAUGUCGAAGAUGCGUACAGUACAUACGGCGUUGAUACAGCCAAAGGAGCUUUAGCGGUCAUCCGGCCUGAUGGAUGCGUUGGAACGAUUGCUGCAUUGGAUGACGUCGAGCGAAUCAAGAGAUAUUUGGAACGGUGCGUGAGAACUGUGUAA